UCUAGGACAGGCCAGUAUGAACAGCAGGCUCACCCAGUGUAGGCACAGGCUGGCUGGCUGGCUUUUGGCCAACAAAAUGUGUUUCCCUUUGCCUGGAAACCAGAAGGUGUGGCUGAGGCGGGGCAUGGAGAGGCGCCUGCUCUGGACCUCUCUCGUUCCCCAAAUGCUGGGAAUCAGCUCCCCCCGGACUGAAGGAGACAAGUUGAGUGGGAAACCACCUGGAAGAACACUUUACGGCUGAAGGUUUGAAAAGGCCUUAGGUCCUUACUGCCUACUGGGUGCCUAGGGUUCAGACCCAGCCCUGGGACAACAGGUGUGGACCAGGAGCCAGUAUAAAUGCCCGCUGCCUGAGCUUCAGACCAUGUACUCGUACAGCUGCCUGGAGCCCGGAGCGGGCGUCUGGCCUCCGCUGCAGCCCCUCACUUACUCCUACCCGUCCCGCCCUUUGCUGCUGCCCCUCAUCCACGCCCACAGCUGCUGCUGCCGGCUUCCGAGCCUGACCGCGGGCGAGUGGCCGGCUCCGCGGGAAUACCACUGCUUCCACAGCCAAGGCGCGCCCCUGGCGGCCGCGCCGCCCUCGUGGGCCUUCCCGCAGACCUACGCCGCGGCCCUGCGCCCGCCUUACCCCACGCCCGGCUACCUGGGGCCAUUCCUACAGGGGUGCGCGGCGGAAGGGAUGGCGACCGCCCAGCGAAACGCGCCGUGGCCGGAAGGCAGUAGCUUGCAGCUCGAGCUGCGAUGGGGCCGCACGGAGCGUGCUCUGGGCCCGCGCCUCCAGCUACCCGACGUGGUGCGGCGGGAGCUGCGGCGGAUGUACGGCACGUACCCGCGCACCGACGUGCGCGUCACCUACCGCGGCGGCCAGUUCCUGCUUCAGGCCGCGCCGCUCGUCCCCGAGCCUGAGAACCGUGUGCAGAGGCGCGUGCUUCGGCCGUCCGCCAGCAGCGGCAGCGAAGACAGCAGCCCGGCCGCUCAAGCGGCGGAGCGUAGCCGUCGGAGGAAGAGAAAAGGCCAGAGCUGA